AUGGCGGACCCGAGCUCGGACCCGGAUGCCCAUAUCGCGACCACACUGGGUGCGCUGCUCGUCGGCGGCUGCGUGGGCCUUAUCUCUACCCCUCCGACAUCCGCCUCCCGCAAGGUCAUGGUGCUCGUCGUGUGGAUUCUCGACCUCCUCCACUCUGUAUUCAUCGUCGCCGCGCUCUUUAACUACCUCAUCACCUUCUUCGGCGACCGAGGGAGAAUCGACCACAUUCCCUGGUCGGUAGCACUCAGCGUAGUGGUUACUGCCGCGCAGACACUUAUCGUGCACUGGUAUUAUGCGCACAAGAUAUGGACCUCGAGCGGACGGAACUGGUGGAUAACCGCCCCGAUUGUGGUGCUGGCAUUUGGGAGGCUGUUGGCUGCAUCAGUCUCGACGUCUGAGAUGAUCAGGCGCCCCAACUACUCCAACUUCAACAAACACUUUCCCGGCUGGGUCUUCACCACCGGGCUAACGCUCUCCGCGUCUGUCGACGUCCUUAUCACGGCGCUGCUGUGCUAUUAUCUGCGGAGCAUGGGCAGAAGAACGAGCAGCACGUUAAUAAACCGUGUUGUUCGAACGAUGAUGUUUUACACGCUGGAGAAUGGACUGAUCACCUGUCUCGCCGCGACGGCCUCCCUGAUAUGCUGGCUUACGAUGCCGACCAACUUGAUUUUCAUGGGCUUGCACUUUGUCAUCGGGAAACUGUAUGCCAACUCCCUUCUCGUAUCGCUCAACACGCGGCAAGAGCUGCGCAACAUGCACUUCUUCGCUGGGGACAAGGAGAGCAAUAAUACUCUCCACGCGAGCAUGUGGCCUAUCGUGGGCGGGAACAGCGGAAGCGCGGCUAGCGGUAGCGUCGGUGUAACUUCGCCGGUCGGUGGAUACGGAGCAUACAGCACCGGUACCACUUCUUACGCCUACGGAGUUGUCUCGACAGGAUAUGGGGAUGUCAAUAUGACGACCCCAGCCUCCGCCUACCGGCCCGCAUUCAAAGUGCCCGUCUCGCCGCCCGCGCGGGCCCACGGCUCGUCCAACGAGAUCGGAGUGCGGGUCACGCGGACCGUCCGGCGCGCCUCGGACGAUCUCAGCGUCAGCGAUAUCUCGCGAGACGAGUACCCCGACGCGGCGCAUGUCGGCGUUGCCGGGCGGAGAAAUCAGUUCGGAGCCGCGGUCCAUGCGCGGCGCAGUCGGGAGCGCGAGCACCAUCAGUUGACCAGUGCCUUGCCGUAG